AUGGAUGACGCUUGGCAAUCGCAAGACAUGGCCCCGCCCAGCAACGGGGGGAUCAGCAUCCCCACCAACGACGCCCCCAUGUCGAAUGCAGGCCCUGCGGACGACCAGAACUGGAACGGGAACAGCCGCUCCCCGCAGCGCGACGGCCCCCGCCGCUCCAGUCGAAGCCGGAGCCCGGGGCGGCCGGCUGAGAGGGAACCCCAGCACCAGAACCCGGGGAACAACCUCCACGUCUCCGGCCUGAGCCACAAGGUCGACACGCGCGACCUCGAGCAGGCCUUCGCCAAGGUUGGAAGGGUCAAGAAGGCCCAGGUAAUGUAUGAUCCUCACUCCCGCGAGUCGCGCGGGUUCGGGUUUGUUACGAUGGAGAGUGGGGAGGAGGCGGAUGCCGCCAUUACUGCGAUGAACGGUACUGAAAUUAUGGGCAAGAGCAUUUCAGUGGAAAAGGCGCGCCGUGGCCGUGCGAGGACGCCGACUCCUGGUCGCUACUACGGGCCGCCGAAGAGGAAUGACUUUGAGCGCCCCUACGACCCCCGCCCUUUCGACGGCCGUUACCGUGACACGGACGACCGCAGGGAACGCCCGCCUUACCGUGGUGAGCCGCGCGAGUACCGCCGCGACUAUGACCGCGGCGGAUACGGCGGCCGCCCUGAGUAUCGCGAGGAGCGCGGUCCACGCCACGACCACGACCGCCGUUACGACGACCGCCGCGACCCCGAUCGCCGGUACUGA